UGCAGCAGUGAAGUACGUGUCUUUGAAGAUGGCUGCACAGGAAAAGUCUGAUGUUCUGGUGUUCUUUUGUAACGGAAAAAAGGUUGUAGAUCGUCAUGUUCAACCAGAAGUUACCAUAUUGACUUACCUACGUACCAAGUUGCUUCUAACAGGGAGUAAGCUAGGAUGCGGGGAAGGAGGUUGUGGUGCCUGCACUAUCAUGGUGUCCAAGUACUCACCAAAGCACAAAUGUAUCAGUCACUAUGCAGUGAAUGCUUGCUUGACCCCGAUAUGUUCAGUGCACGGUCUGGCAGUCACAACCGUUGAAGGAAUCGGCAGUACACAAACCAGGCUACAUCCAGUCCAGGAACGCCUGGCCAAAGCUCAUGGGUCUCAGUGUGGUUUCUGCACUCCUGGUAUUGUGAUGUCUAUGUACGCCCUGCUGAGGAACAAGCCAGUGCCUACUAUGGAGGAAAUAGAGAGUGCAUUCGAAGGGAAUCUUUGCCGAUGUACUGGGUACCGACCAAUCCUGCAAGGCUACAGCACAUUCACUAAGGAGGGUUGUUGUGGCGGAAAUAGUGCUAACUGCUGCAUGAACGCCGCCGCUGAAGAAGGGGUAUCUACAAAGCUGUUUGACCCCAGUGAGUUCACGCCCUAUGACCCCUCCCAAGAAGUCAUCUUUCCCCCAGAGCUCAUUAUGAUGUUGGACAAGGAAUCUCCAGCUAUUCAGAGGUUUUUGGGUGACCGUGUGACUUGGUAUCGUCCAGUCACGCUUCAGCAGUUACUGGAACUCAAAGGGAGCCACCCAGAGGCAAACAUGGUUGUCGGAAACACAGAAGUCGGUGUUGAGAUGAAGUUUAAGAGUCAAGUUUACCCAGUCCUUAUUGACUUGAACUUUAUCCCUGAGUUGACGACAAUCGAGACUUCUCCCACUGGGAUAAAAGUGGGUGCUUCAGUGCCUCUUACGACCCUCGAUGAAUACCUCAAGAAAUUGAUUCAAAGUGAACCAGAGUAUAAGACGCGUAUCUUUGCCGCCAUUGUUGAGAUGUUGCGCUGGUUUGCAGGUCAUCAAAUUAGAAACACUGCGAGUUUGGGAGGUGCCAUAGCAACAGGAUCACCUAUAUCAGAUCUGAACCCUCUUCUCAUGGCUGCGGUUUGCAAAUUGGAGGUCGUGUCAAAACGAGGAACUCGCAUGGUUACCAUGGAUGGCAAUUUCUUCACUGGUUAUCGGAAGAAUGUUAUUGCCAAGGACGAGGUUAUAAAAGUCAUCAACAUACCAUACACACUGGAGAAUGAAUACUUUCAAGGAUACAAACAGUCUCCACGUCGUGAGGAUGAUAUUGCUAUAGUCAAUGCCGGCAUGAGGGUAGUCUUCAAACCAGGCACUAAUACAGUGCAGGAUUGUACUCUAGCAUUUGGAGGUAUGGCUGCUACGUCAGUGCUGGCAGUGAAGACUAUGGCAAGCUUGAAUGGAAGAGCCUGGAGUGAUGGUUUAGUGGAAGCCAUGUGCCCGUUACUGGCCCAGGAUCUACCCCUUUCUCCUGGUGCCCCUGGUGGGAUGGAGCCGUUUCGUCAAUCUCUGACUCUCAGCUUCUUCUUCAAGUUCUACCUCUUUGUCUUGGAGCAAGUCAGUAUGAAGCUGCCUGGCCUUAGUGGGGUAUCAAUUCCAGCAUCCUACAAAACAGCCAAUCAGAGCUAUCAAAAGAGCCCUGUGAAGGGUGUGCAGAUGUUUCAGGAGGUUCCAUCGGGUCAGCCUGACUCAGAUGCUGUGGGACGACCUUUGACCCAUCUGUCCGCUAUCAAGCAGGUCACGGGUGAAGCUAUUUAUGUAGAUGACCUCCCCCAGGUCAAAGGUGAACUGUACAUAGCCUUAGUGUUGAGCAAGAAGGCCCACGCUAAGAUCCUGGCUGUUGACGCAACUCCUGCUCUUGAAGUCGAGGGAGUCCACACCUAUGUAGACAUCAAUGAUGUACCGGGAACUAAUAUGGUUGGGUUAGGGCCAACCAGAGAUGAUCCUCUGUUUGCAGACAAAGAGGUGAUAUUUGUUGGUCAAACGAUCGGUUUGAUUGUGGCUGAUGAUCAAGCCAUCGCUCAGCGCGCUGCUAAACUUGUCAAAGUGGACUAUGAAGAACUGCCAGCACUCAUCUCCAUAGAGGACGCCAUCGAGCAUAGCUCCUUCUUCAAGCCGCAGAACUCUGUCAAGAGGGGAAACGUCCAGGAAGGUUUUGAGAGUUCUCAUCACAUCCUUGAAGGAGAGGUCAAAGUAGGGGCUCAGGAACACUUCUACCUAGAGACUGUGUCUACGUUGGUUAUCCCGGGCGAAGACGGGGAAGUCGAAGUCAUUUCAUCAACUCAGGCGCUGAAAGCAACCCAGUCCGUUGUUGCGACUGCUCUAGGAGUCCGAGACAACAAGGUUGUAAGUCGAGUAAAGAGACUUGGAGGAGGCUUUGGUGGCAAGGAAAGCAGGUGCUGUAUCAACGCAGCUGUGUGCGCUGUAGCUGCGAGAAAAGUGAAUCGUCCAGUCCGUAUGAUGCUGGAUAGAGAUGAGGACAUGUGCACUACUGGAACACGCCAUCCAUUUAUGGGACGAUAUAAGGUGGGAUUUAAUGAUGACGGCAAGAUAAGGGCACUUCAGCUUAACCUGUACUCCAACAGCGGCAACUCUUUGGAUCUAUCCGUCGCGGUCUUAGAAAGGGCACUCUUGCAUGCGGAUAAUUGCUACAACAUCCCAAAUAUUAUUGUGACGGGCUAUCCAUGCAAAACUAACCUUCCGUCUAAUACUGCCUUCCGUGGUUUCGGAGCCCCUCAGAGUAUGCUGAUCACAGAGUCUUUUGUCUCGGACAUUGCCAGCAAAUGUGGAUUAUCCCAAAUAAAAAUCCGAGAGCUGAACUUCUACAAGGAGGGAGACAGGACACACUUUGGACAAGAAUUGAAGAAUUGGAACCUGGAGCGAUGCUGGGAGCAGUGCCUCACCAAGAGUGAUUUUGACAAUCGCAGAAGAGAUGUUGACCAAUUUAAUAGCGAGAACCGAUGGAGGAAAAAGGGUAUUGCUGUCACUCCAACAAAGUUUGGAAUCGCAUACACCUACAAACCAAUGAAUCAGGCUGGUGCCUUGGUCCACAUCUACACUGACGGUUCAGUGCUGAUUGCUCACGGUGGAGUGGAGAUGGGUCAGGGUUUACAUACUAAGAUGAUCCAAGUAGCGAGCAGGGCACUACGCCUACCACAGGAGCUGAUUCACAUAAGUGAGACUAACACCCAGACGGUUCCUAACACCUCACCAACGGCUGCUAGCGCUAGCUCUGAUCUCAACGGAAUGGCAAUCAAGGCUGCUUGUGAGACUCUGAUGCAACGCUUGGAACCCUACAUUCAAGACAAUCCCAAAGGCUCAUGGGAAAGCUGGGUUAUGGCCGCAUAUAUUGAUCGAGUUAGUUUGUCAACCACAGGAUUUUACAAAACUCCUGACCUGCACUAUAACUGGGAGACCAGCGAGGGAAAACCAUUUAACUAUUUUACCGAUGGCGUUGCAGUCUCUGAAGUCGAGAUUGACUGCUUGACCGGAGAUCACCAGGUCCUCAGGUCGGAUAUCGUCAUGGACGUUGGAGACAGUCUCAAUCCAGCCAUAGAUAUCGGACAGAUUGAAGGUGCCUUCAUCCAGGGCUAUGGACUCUACGUCCUUGAGGACUACCGGAUCACUCCAUCAGGCCAUCUGUUGACCAAAGGCCCCGGCUUCUAUAAGAUUCCAGCCUUUGGGGACAUCCCGGCAGAGUUUAACGUCAGUUUGCUCACGAGGGCGCCAAAUCCAUUUGCGAUCGGCUCCUCUAAGGCGAUAGGUGAGCCGCCGUUAUUUUUGGCAGCCUCUGUGUUCUUUGCCAUCAAAGAUGCCAUUCAGUCUGCGAGAGAAGACUCUGGCAUCCCAGGAUUGUUCCGUCUCGACAGCCCAGCUUGUUCAGAGAGGAUACGUAUGGCUUGUCAAGAUCAGUUUACUCAACAGAUUCCAACCCCAGAACCUGGAACCUACACUCCAUUCUUCAUUCGCCCAUAGUCUGAAAGACUCUCUGACAAACCCAAGAAACAAUAACCUUCAAGAUACAACAGAGCAUUUGUAAAGAGCCUUUACAUCAAGAUCAAAGCACUCAAAAGAGGAAAACCAAAGAAACUAUAACUUAAACAUAUUACAUCUGAUACAAAUAAGUUUUAAGAGAUUUUUUUAACAAUGGCAAAGAGCUACAAUUUCUGUAGCGUACUGGGAGGUUGUUCCAUAUUCGGGGAGCAACAAAGGAAAAAGUCCGGUUGUGAGCAGAAAAUUGGUAAUGCAGAUUGGUUUAGUUGAUAAACAGGUCUAGAUUGAGUCUGUUUUGGUUCAGAAUGUUCAUAUGGAGAAACAGAAAAAUAUCUUAAUAUUUUCCAGAAGACAAUUGGAACAUACUGGUUGAAACGUCAAGUUGAAACCAACGGUUCUUUUCAGAACCACCCCAACUCAUUAGAGAUAGUCAAUACAUGGUCAAUACCGCAAAGCUUUCCAUAUCGUAUUUCCACCAUGCAAAGUUUCAAACCCUACUUUUAAAACAAAUGUCAAGAUAUUAUAAUAUUUGAUUUUUGACUUAUGAACCUUUGUAAAAAAUAAUAAAUGAAAAGUCAUUACUAAGUAAUGAAAAAUUAAUAACUAUGUUUUCAGAUAGCAAAACUCUUCAUCUGGUAAUGAAUUGGUAUUUGGUAUUAUUCAUUGAAAAAUUAAGUGUGCCUUUGUAAUGGCGG